AUGGAGACCAAGAUUGCAUGCGUCACGAUGAUACUGCUCUUACUUCUUCUCAUUAUCGUUCUCCCUAUCGACACUCGCCGGAAGUGCCUUCACCGUGUGCGCAUAGACUGGGACCAAUACUCACAAUGCCUAAUUGACGAAGGGCAAUUCCACAAGUGCUACAAGAUGUCGUACUCGUCUUUCAUGGCGCUCGCAGAAAAGCUCGAGCCGUAUCUGCUGGUGGACGAGCGGCAAUCGUGUAAUCGGACGGGCAUAGGGCCGAUUACGCACAUCAAUAAGCUCCAGAUGUGCUUGCGCUGGCUAAGUGGGGGAUCUUAUCAUGAUGUGCGAUCUAACAGUGGUGUGAGUGUUGCUGCGUUUUACGCCUCAAUUCAUCAAGUCGUGGAUGCGAUAAUAGCUCAUCCAGAGCUACAGCUUGAGUUUCGUACUUCAGAGCCGGCCCAACGUCAUGCUGUCAAGGCGUUUGAGCGACUAAGCAGCUCUCGUAUCAUGAAGGGGUGUGUUGGCGCCGUCGAUAUGUGGCUUUGUCCUAUCCGAGUCCCACCGAAAAAAGAGGUUUCCAGGGUGCGAUCGUUCUUCUCUGGCCAUUAUCAGCGGUACGGUGUAAACAUUCAAGCUUGUUGCGAUCAUCUAAGUCGGUUUACUGCCGUAACGUGCUCAAGUCCUGGUGGAACUGGUGACGCAGUGGCAUUUUUAAAGUGGAGAUUAUCAGCGAUUGUCAAGAACCUCCCCAAAGGACUUUACAUUGUCGGUGACAACGCAUACACGAACACAAACCAGCUAUUGAUUCCAUUUCCAAGGCCUCGGAUCACUUCUUCUGCUCAUGACAGCUAUUACUUUCACCUUAGUCAGCUUCGGAUUAGGAUCGAAAUGGCUUUCGGUCUUCUAGUCUGUAAGUUGCGUGUGUUCAAGGCUCCUUUGGAAAUCGGCUUUAAGAGAGUGCCUCGUACGAUUUUAGCAGCUUGUAUUUUACACAAUUGGUGUAUCAAUCAGCGUCUUCGCGAGAACCGAAGCUAUAGAGUUGAAGACGAUGAAGAUAUGGUUGAAGUCGUUGAAUCAACCCGCUUGACAGGGGACAGAUGUGUUGAUUCUACAGUCGAACCUCAAGAUUCUUCACGUUACCGUCGCCUGUACGAGUCGUCUGACCUGGUGGUUGACACAGACACGUAUAACAGCUCGGAAUGGGUUCGUGAUGCCAUCGUUGGAUUAGUUCCCAAUAUUUCUCGCCCACAACGCAAUAGGAUUAGACGAGCACAAGAAGAGAAGGAGAACGAAUAG